AUGGCCGCCAACAAGCAGGGCAAGAUGCAAAACCUCAUCAACUACCGCAUGAGAGUGACCCUUAACGAUGGUCGCCAAAUGACCGGUCAGAUGCUGGCCUUUGAUAAGCACAUGAACCUUGUUCUCGCCGACACAGAAGAAUUCCGCCGUAUCAAGCGCAAAGGAAAGGCCGCUGGCCCCGCGAACACCCCGCUGGUCGAGGCGGAGGAGAAGCGAACUCUCGGUCUGACUAUCGUGCGCGGCGCCCAGGUCGUCUGUUGCUCCGUCGAUGGCCCUCCCCCAGCCGAUCCCUCUGCACGUCUCGGUAACGCCGGUGCCGGCGCCGCGGGUGCUGCCGCGACUCUCGCUGCAGGCCCCGGUAUCAGCAAGCCCGCUGGUCGUGGCCUGCCCGUUGGUCUUGGUGGUCCCGCUGCUGGUGUGGGUGGCCCCCCCUCCUCCUGGUGGGUUCGGAGGUUUCCCUCCUGGUGGAUUCCCUGGUGCUCCCCCUCCUGGGUUCGCUGGUCGUGGAGGACCCCCUGGUGGACCUCGUAA